UCAAAAAUCGGUUAGCUCCCUCUCCCAUCCCUUCUUUGGUUGUUGCCCCCCCUCCCCCGCGCGCACUGAGGUCCUGGGGGCGGGGGGGCUGCGGUGGUAUAUGCCAUGGCCGGUGCCCUCUCAACGUAACCAGGAGACAGUCCAUCAGGAUUCUCUGGCUUCAGUACGCGUGCGCCCGGUCAGCUGCGGGGCGAGCGCGAGCUUGGGCUCGCACCCUGCUCCCCCUAACCCCGCCCGCUCAUCCCCUCACCGCGGUCGCUGGCUCGGUGGGCUCGCGGGGAGACGCGCGCACGCGCACAGGACUCGGAGACGAGCCGGAGACACCGAGGAGGGGAGUGAGAAGCAUCGGAGGAGGCGUUAGAGGAGGAGAUUGCUAUGGGAAUAUAUGACCAUAUAAAAGGAAGUACACUCUGAUAAUUCUCAUACCUGAGAUGUAAGUAGACUGAAGCGUGAAACAAGAAAAAAUUUAGUGCCAACCUUAGUUACAAUGGCCACUGAUUCUGGGGAGCCAGCUAGCACAGAAGAUUCUGAGAAGCCUGAUGGAGUUUCCUUUGAAAACAGGGCUGCCCGGGCUGUUGCCCCUCUGACUGUAGAAGCGAGAAUAAAGGAAAAAUACAGUACCUUGUCUGCUUCCGGGGAAAACAUCGAAAGAAAGAGGUUUUUCCGAAAGAGUGUUGAGAUGACAGAAGAUGACAAAGUUGCCGAAUCUUCCCGCAGAGAUGAAAGAAAAGCUGCAACAAAUAUUUCAAGAGUAGAUAAAGUUCCUACAAAUGUGCUGAGAGGUGGGCAAGAAGUUAAAUAUGAGCAAUGUUCAAAGGCAACCUCAGAAUCCUCAAAAGAUUGCUUCAAGGAGAAAACUGAAAAGGAAAUGGAAGAAGAAGCAGAAAUGAAGGCUGUUGCAACUUCCCCUAGUGGCAGGUUCCUGAAAUUCGAUAUAGAGCUGGGAAGAGGAGCAUUUAAAACGGUAUAUAAAGGAUUGGACACUGAGACAUGGGUUGAAGUUGCUUGGUGUGAACUACAGGACCGCAAAUUAACUAAAGCUGAGCAGCAACGGUUCAAAGAAGAAGCAGAGAUGUUGAAAGGCCUCCAGCAUCCCAAUAUAGUUCGAUUCUAUGAUUCAUGGGAGUCCACUUUGAAAGGGAAGAAAUGUAUUGUGUUAGUGACUGAACUAAUGACAUCAGGAACCUUAAAGACGUACUUAAAACGAUUUAAAGUCAUGAAACCAAAGGUCUUAAGAAGCUGGUGCAGGCAAAUUUUAAAAGGAUUGCAGUUCUUACACACAAGGACGCCUCCUAUUAUUCACCGGGAUCUGAAAUGUGACAACAUUUUCAUCACAGGACCCACUGGAUCUGUGAAGAUUGGUGAUCUGGGACUUGCAACCUUAAUGCGCACAUCGUUUGCUAAGAGUGUCAUCGGCACUCCUGAAUUUAUGGCUCCGGAGAUGUAUGAAGAACACUAUGAUGAAUCUGUAGAUGUUUAUGCUUUUGGAAUGUGUAUGUUGGAAAUGGCUACUUCGGAGUAUCCAUAUUCUGAGUGCCAGAAUGCAGCACAAAUAUACCGUAAAGUAACCAGUGGCAUAAAACCAGCCAGCUUCAAUAAAGUCACAGACCCUGAAGUGAAAGAAAUAAUUGAAGGAUGUAUUAGACAAAACAAAUCUGAAAGGUUAUCUAUCAAGGACUUACUAAACCAUGCAUUCUUUGCUGAGGAUACUGGACUGAGGGUGGAGUUAGCAGAGGAAGAUGAUUGCUCAAAUUCAUCCCUGGCUCUAAGACUCUGGGUUGAAGAUCCUAAGAAAUUAAAAGGCAAACAUAAAGACAAUGAAGCUAUUGAAUUCAGUUUCAACUUAGAAGCAGAUACACCUGAGGAAGUAGCGUAUGAAAUGGUCAAGUCUGGAUUCUUCCAUGAAAGUGAUUCCAAAGCUGUUGCUAAGUCCAUUAGGGACCGAGUGACAGUGAUUAAAAAGAUAAGGGAAAAGAAGCCUGCUGGAUGCUUGGAGGAACGCAGGGAUUCCCAGUGCAAGUAUGUGAGGAAUGUACUUCCUCAACAGCAGACUGCAACUUUACAACCUACUCCUGGUCCACACACUGCAGCUGAGUGUGAAGAAACAGAAGUUGAUCAACAUGUUGGAAAGCAGUUUCUACAGGGCAAACCACAGCAGCAGUCCUCCUCUGUUAGGGGUGACACUUCAUCUGAGCCAGCAGCUGGACCAGUUCUGCAUUCAGAUACUUCAAGUCAUCCCACUGUAGCCUAUUCUUCAAACCAGACAACUAGCUCUCAGGAGCAGCCAAAGCUGACUCAGUCCCCAGUUUUGCCUGUGGUUCCAGGUCAGUCCUCUGUUAUGCCCAUAUAUGCUGCUGGAGUUGGAGUUGUUUCACAGUCCCAAAUCUCUCCCUUAACUAUCCAGAAGGUCUCACAGAUAAAGCCUGUAUCCCAACCAAUUGGAGCUGAACAACAAGCAACUCUUCAAAAUCCAGAUUUUGUUCGAAGUAGCUUGAAUCAAGAUGUGACAUCUGUGAAAGAAAACACCAAUAACCCUGAUACCCCAAGUGGAAAUGGCAAACAGGAUCGGAACAAACAACGAAGAGCCUCCUGUCCCCGGCCAGAGAAGGGGACUAAAUUCCAGCUUACUGUCCUUCAGGUCUCAGUCUCUGGAGACAACAUGGUGGAGUGUCAGCUGGAAACACAUAACAACAAGAUGGUGACAUUCAAGUUUGAUGUUGAUGGUGACGCACCUGAGGAUAUCGCUGACUAUAUGGUUGAAGAUAACUUUGUGCUGGAAAAUGAGAAAGAAAAAUUUGUCGAGGAAUUGAGGGCUAUCGUAGGUCAAGCCCAGGAGAUCCUUCAUGUCCACUCAGCUGUAGAAAAAUCUAUUGGUGUUGACUCUGUUGCCUUGGAAUCUAACAGUAACCAAACAGGAUCAUCUGAACAAGUACUGAUAAAUUCUGCAUCCACUCAAACUAGCAAUGAAUCUGCUCCUCAGUCAUCCCCAGUUGGUCGCUGGCGGUUUUGUAUCAACCAAACAAUAAAAAAUCGUGAGGCACAGUCUCCUCCUUCCCUUCAGCCUUCCGUGGCCAUGGUGCCUGGGUUACAUCCAUUUCCUAGUUCAAGAAACACAAGUAAUCAGGCAAUAUCACAGAACACAGUGUUCACUAUAGAGAAUAAUCCAGGCCAUCGUGAACUUUUCACCUCCAAAUUAGAGCACAAGGAUGUGGUUGAUGGUAAGAUUUGUGAACAUGCUAGUGUAGAAACUGAGCAGCCAAGUAUUUGCUAUCAAGUGGAAGAUGACAGACAGAUCAUGACACCAGCUACUGAUAAUUCCAAUUAUUCUGCUACUUUGGUGUGUCCAGUUCCAGGUGAAUGUGAGGCACUCACCAGCCAAGCAGGCAUGUUCAUGCCUACAUAUCCAAAUCAGCAAGCUGCUGUUCUGGCUGAUGUGCAUAUGGCCUAUCCUGGUGAAGCAGUUCCGAUUGGUGGUAAUGCUGGUCUUACAUCAGUACUUGUAUCUUCUGAGCAAAAGCCUCAAUCCUUGUCAGUACAGCAGCCAACUAUAGAUGCAGAGUUUAUUUCCCAAGGAGAAACCACAGUAAACACCGAAACAAGUUCUCCUAAGGCAGUCAUUGCCACUCAGACUCCUGGCUUUGAACCAGCUGUGAUUCUACCUGCAACUAUCCUGGAAUCAGAUGGGGAACGACCUCCAAAAAUGGAGUUUGCAGACAACCGAAUUAAAACACUGGAUGAAAAAUUAAGAAACCUGCUCUAUCAGGAGCACAGCAUUUCUAGCAUCUGUCCUGAGAGUCAGAAGGAUACUCAAAGCAUAGACUCUCCAUUUUCUUCCUCUGCUGAAGAUAUACUAUCCUAUUCAAUGCCAGAAGUCAUAGCCAUCAGUCACUGUGGGAUUCAAGAUAGCCCUGCACAAUCCCCAAAUUUCCAACAAACAGGCUCUAAGAUUCUGUCCAAUGUGGCUGCAAGUCAGCCUGCUCAUAUAUCAGUGUUCAAAAAAGACCUGAAUGUGAUAACUUCUGUACCCAGCGAGUUAUGUUUACAUGAGAUGUCCCCAGAUGCUUCACUUCCAGGCGAUCCAGAGGCCUAUCCUGCUGCUGUGUCAAGCGAUGGAACCAUUCAUCUGCAGACAGGAGGUGGAUAUUUUGGCCUAAGCUUUACUUGUCCUAGUCUCAAAAAUCCUAUUAGCAGGAAAUCCUGGACUCGAAAAUUAAAAAGCUGGGCAUACAGGCUACGGCAGUCAACCAGCUUUUUCAAGAGAUCAAAAGUCCGUCAAGUGGAAACAGAAGAUAAAAGAUCAGCAAUUGCUUCUGAUCCCAUUCCUCUGACACGGGAGUUCUCAUCUGAUACUAGGGCUUUGAGUAGAUGUAAAGCCAUGAGUGGAUCAUUUCAGCGGGGUCGGUUCCAGGUGAUUACUGUUCCUCAGCAGCAGCCAGUAAAAAUGAUGUCUUUUGGGAAAGAACACAAACUGCCAUUCAAGAAAACACCAGUCCAGUCUAAUGAGCAAGCACUAACCUUUGCUGAAGCUGCAGUGUCGCAGUUGAUCGAAGUGGAGCCUGCCAUGCCCACUCAUAAAUCUUCAGUUUCUUCAUGCAAGUUACGAACUCUUUAUGAAACCUUUAAAGAAGAUAAAGGAGAUCCUGAACAAGGUGACAUCUUAUCUUAUAGCACAGCUUGUGAGACCAGUGUCUCUUCAGUCGCUACAGAAAAGAAUGUGGAAGUAACUUCAACCACAGAACUUAGUGUGCAGUCUGGGUCUGAACUGUUAGAUAAAGAAAAAAAUGAGUCAACUCCUGGGAAACAGACAUGUGCAAAUGAAUUUUCAGCCACUCUUGCUGGUAAUGGAAAGUCAGUGACAAAAACUCGUCCAGAGGCUGAUCAGUAUUUACCACUCCGUGAAGAGCAAGCCUAUGGUCAAACACAGAAUUCACUCUUCUAUUCUCCAUCUUCCCCAAUGAGCAGUGACAAUGAAUCAGAAAUUGAGGACGAGGAUUUGAAAGUGGAGCUUCAAAGAUUACGAGAAAAACACAUUCAAGAGGUGGUCAGUCUUCAAACACAACAGAAUAAAGAGCUACAGGAGCUCUAUGAACGCCUUCGAGCAACUAAAGACAGCAAAGCGCAAUCUUCAGAGGUUCCUUUGUCACCUGCAUCGCCACGCAGGCCAAGAUCUUUCAAAAGCAAACUUCGAAGCCGCCCCCAGUCCAUGGCACAUUCAGACAAUCUCGUUGUAAAAGAUGCCCUGGGUGUGGAGAGUAAUACCGUGUCAUGCCAGCAAUCUCCAGCCAGUAAGAAGGGGAUGUUCACAGAUGAUUUACACAAGCUGGUGGAUGACUGGACAAGAGAAACAGUAGGGCAUUUUCCUAGUAAGCCAAGUUUAAACCAACUCAAACAGAGCCAACAAAAAUCCGAAGCAGAAAACUGGAACAAGUCAUGUGAAAGUACUCCAUCUACUAUGGGAUACACGUCAAACUGGAUUUCUUCUCUCUCCCAAAUUCGUGGAGCUGCCCCAACUUCCUUGCCACAAGGACUCCCACUCCCUUCAUUUCAUGGGCCAUUAGCAUCAUAUGGAAUGCCUCACGUUUGUCAGUAUAAUGCUGUGGGUGCCGCAGGUUAUCCAGUACAGUGGGUAGGAAUUUCUGGAACAGCACAACAGUCUGUAGUGCUUCCUACCCAAUCUGGGGGACUCUUCCAGCCAGGGAUGAAUUUGCAGUCAUUUCCAGCUCCACCAGUGCAGAAUCCAGCUUCAAUCCCUCCUGGUCCUAAAUGAAUCCAAGUUGAUGCUGAAGGAAGGGGAGAGAACUUUCAGAACACCUGUGAUGCUACACUUUCUUCUUGAGUUCUGCCGUAUUUUCUCUCAUUCGUGUCUACUUUAAACUGUGUUUUUUGUUGUUCCAAUGUGAUAUUUGAUACAGCUCAUCUUUCUGUAGUUAAUGUGCAAUUUGCACAAAGAAUACUACACACAGAAAUGUUUUUUCACUUCAACUCCUAUCCUCUUUGAUACUUGAUUUUUAAAAAAAUACUGUUCCGAAUGCUUUACUAGCACAGCUUAAGUGUUACCAUUUCCAAGACACCUUCCAUGUGUUGCGGAGACGCGCUCACCCCGCCUAACCUCUUUUUUAUGCUGCUACCAGCAGUUGUGUGAGACCUCUCUUUAACAUGUGUAAAAAAAGUAUGUGGAUUGGUUCUCCCCAAAUGUGGAUGACGUAAGACCCUCCAAUAGCCAGUCUUGUGGGAUUCGUCAUGUCUGUCUUAGUUUUUACUUUUCACAGAAGGCAGUAACUGGCUGCAGGAUAUGUUUUGAUGUAUAAAUGUAGUAGACUUUUGUCAAGCAGUACAAAACCUGAGUGUUUUUAAUGUGAUUUUCUCCCCGUCAUCACAGCAGGAGGAGUGAGGGCUUGUUCGGAGUGAGGCGGAGGGAAAGGCAAAAGCAGAACUGUAACAGUUCCUUGAAUCUACAGCUACUAGAGCUGAUUCUGGGUUUCAGUAAUAACCCAGAGCGGCCAUCUUUUCUCAUGUGCACACCACUUUGGUUUUGAGCAUCCAAAAGGCACUGGUUUGGCUUGCAUUCUUUUGCUAGGCCCUGCAGCUGAUAUAAAUCUCAUUUGGGGGGUAAUCCUUGCAAUCCUAACCAAGGAGAUUCAGGUUAACACUUCUGUUAAUCCAUUCUUCUAAAGUGAAAUGUACUUGACACACUAGGGUUUGUAGCUUUUGAGACUUUUGCAUAAAACACUGGCUUUACAGGGUUCUAAGAGAUGUAGGAUACACACUGUCCUGCAGUGAAAUAGUACACCCUAGGAUGAUAUUAUUUAAAUUGCCUUUAACCUUUUUUGAUGACAAUGUUUGGGUUGUUAUCAUUUCUUACUAGUGUCUAUAGAGUUAGAACAUUUUAGAUCUUAGAUGCGUUUGUCAGCCUCUUGAGAAUUUGAGAGACUUCACUGUCAAGUUGCACUUUACUGGGUUUUAUCCAGUUUUUGGAGGAAGGGAGGCAGUGUCAAAAUGUACACCUUUGGUUUUUAGGAAGGUUAACUUUAGUAAUCUUAAGCGCUAGUCACAGGGUUACCCAAUUUUCAGUCUGUGAAACCCAAAUAGAAUUUUUACUUGGUUUAUAUCAACCCCUCUGUAUACAUGUUCAAAUGACUUACCAUUCAUUGAAACUUUGAAAGUCCUUUCAAAUACAUGUUUUCCUAUUUAGGAAUUCUCUUGGUAACCAUUCCAGACUGUGGUCUUUGUUUCUGUUAACCAAUUUUCCUCCAUAUUCCUCUAAACCCUACCCCCAUGGGCUUGCCGGGAAGUGAGAAAACUUAAUGUAUGUGCUUUUUUCAUACAAUUUCAUACGUUGUGACAUUCAGUACCCUUCUUAAAAGUUGUCUUACAUUGCUUACCUAAAGACCACACCUGUCAUCACAUUUUUAUCACUGUUUCUGGGGGCACUCCGUGGAUUGCUAUUGGUAAGAGCCACAGUUUCUUUUCCUAAGCUAGCAUGUUUUGGAUGAGACCAGAUCAUUUGCACGGAUUCCUCAAAUUCCUUCCAUGGUAUUGCUUUGCAUUUGAAGUGAUUUUUAAGCUAUUCAUGUAGUGCAGUUGCUUGCAUUGUAGUGUUUUCCACAAUGCUCCUAAACCCUAUAGUUCUUUAAAACUGUUUCAUUAUCAGUUGGUUCUGUGUAAUUGUAUUGGGCUAAAUAUCUGUAAGGUGAAAUACUACAGGUUUUGAGACUGGAUCUCCUCUAGUUGCAAUCCUUUUAAACAGUGCCCCAUGGUGAAAACAAAUUCCACAGAUGACAUGUACAAUUCCAUUUACUAAUGGCUGCUCUACAUAGUAUGUCCUGUGUUUUGUUACACAUCUCAGUUUUACAUAUAAUUCAUUGUUCUUGUUUGCCUGCAGAUGUUUGCAGUGCCUUGUAAUAUUUAGAAUCUUUUCAGGUUUUGCUGGAAAGAAAAGUCAUCUUCUAAAGUUUGAAGAUGGAACUAGUGUACUGCUGUCUCCAUGCUGACUGCAGUAUCUGGGUUAACAUAUAUGUUACAUAUACAUUAUGCAUAUGUAAUGUGUAGAAGUUAAAGCUUACAAAAAAAGGGAGUGUGCAGAAAUGAAAACAGUGCUAUUCACUUUGCUGUGGGGUUUUCUUUACUUUCCCUCAUUGCUUUUUGAUUUGAUUCAGAUUAUAGUCACUUUGAUUGUAAAUAAUGAUUAGUUUUCUAGGUGGGAAUUUUGUAUUGUUUCAUAAUUUUGAUAAGUCUUAUAAUCAUGCUGUUUCCAUUCUUGCCUGAGGUACUUUUCUUCCCCCAUAAAUAAUGAAUUCCAGAUAACGCUCAGAAGUACCCUUUUUCUUUAACAAAAAGCCUAGUCUAUAUAAUAAGCCUUCUGUUCAUUUCUAGAAAGUGCACAAACCUAUCCUUUUUGCUUUUUCUUGUAAGCAACACAAAGGUUGCACUUAGCCACCAUCUUGUAAAGUUUCCUUGUGAAAUAGUUGGUAUGUCCACCCAUUCUGUUUCCCCCUCCAAGCGCACAUCUGAUGAGCAGUGUUGUAUACUCAUGUGUGAUGACAUGAGCAAGUCACCAUGAAGCACUGCUCUUGGGUCUGUGGAGUUGGGUGUAACAGAAGACUGGAACCAGUACUGCUGUAUUCAGUGCAGAACCCUCCAUAUACCUGGAGCAGUCUUGAAUCUAAGCAAUUUGCUGUAGUUUCACAAAUAUCCCUGCAGUUUUCAUCUCUUCCUUGCUUAUACCAAGCAGAAGUUCUAAUAGUUUGACAGGAAACCUAACUGUGAACGUUUAAAAGGCACUUCCGCUGUGAUUUUUGGGUUGAGUGUAGAGUGUUUUCUAAGGUCUGAUGCAAUGUUAUCAUCUGAAAACCCCAGAUCUACUGGCAGUCCAGUUACUUUUGUUUAUCUACCUCGUUUUUCAGUACUGUUUUAGGUGCACAAGUAAAUGUUGCCUGUGAAACUU